UCCACUACAUCUGUCUCUCAAAAACGCAAUCUCUCUCCUCUCCUCUCUCUCUCUCUCUCUUCUGGCAUCCAUUAAUGGCGGAUUUGAGCUUCAUAGUUGGAUUAGUGGGAAACGUGAUAUCGAUUCUGGUUUUUGCAUCGCCCAUUGGGACUUUUCGGAGGGUGGUGAAGAAGAAAUCGACAGAGAGCUUCAAAUGGCAACCGUACGUUACAACGCUGAUGAGCACAUCACUGUGGACUUACUACGGGCUGUUGAAGACGAAUGGUCUUCUUGUUGUUACAGUCAAUGGAGCAGGCACUGUUCUUCAGGCCAUUUAUGUGAUUCUCUAUCUCAUCUAUACUUCCAAGGACACCAGAAUUUAUAUGGCAAAAAUGGUUGGAUUAUUAAAUGUUGGAGUCAUUGGAGUGGUGAUUUUGGUGACUCAUUUAGCUCUCCAUGGAAGCUUGAGGCUUUUGGUGAUGGGAUCUUUGUGUGCAGCACUAACAAUAGGAAUGUAUGCAUCACCAUUAUAUGCAAUGAAAAUGGUGAUGAAGACAAAGAGUGUAGAAUACAUGCCUUUCUCCCUUUCCUUCUUUCUCUUCCUCAAUGCAGGGAUUUGGAGCAUCUACUCUGUGCUUGUCAGAGACAUUUUUAUACUGAUCCCAAAUACUAUUGGAUUUGUUUUGGGUUCAGCUCAGCUAGUAAUCUAUUUUAUCUACAAGAAGAAAGGUCCUAAUUCAGCCAAGGAAACAGACAUAGAGAGAGCAGAAGAGGAAGGCUCAGCUCAGUUUGUGGAUCAUAUGGAAAUGCAGAACAGAAGGAAAGAUGAAGAAUAUGGGAGCAGCAAGCAUUUGAAUAAGGGAAGAAGCCUUCCUAAGCUUUACAUGGCUAGACAGAAUAGCUUCUCAGGGAUUCUGAAAACUCUCUCUCUUUCUCCUAAUGAGUUGACAACAUAUUGGCAAAAAGAUGGUUAUGAUGCAAUUUGAAAUGUUAUGAUGUUAUGAUGUUAUUUUCUAAAGUAAUUUUUUUAGUAUAAAAAUUUUUUGUAUUAAAAAGCUGCUUUAUAAAACAGUAAGAAAGUUGUCCCAAACGAAACAUGAAUGGUCUAUCUUUUAAAGAUUGUUUGAUCGUUUAAUUAUGAAGCUUUCAAAUUGA